ACAUAGAACUAGUGAAAAAAAUCAAUGGUUAGGUUAUCGUCUAUGUGAAGGUUAAUUUCGAAUAUUGCAAAGCAGUCCUAAAUAGACAAGCUAUAAAUAAAUGAAUUCUGUUCAUUUUAUUUCUCGAUCAUAGUUCUCAAUGUGUGCAGCACAUGUAGCAGAUGAAAGAAAUUUUCGUUCUGCAUAUUAUGAAAAAGUUGGAUGUAAAAAUGUAGAAGAGAGGAAAUCAUUGGAAAUAUUACUGAAAGAAAAAAUCUUAGAUAGGGUAAAAUUGAAACAAUUUUGUUUGAGGUAUAGCUUACCUGCAACUUAUCGAAAUACAGUAUGGAAAAUAUGCUUAGGUGUCCUGCCAGUGAAUACAGAUUGUCAUGCUUUCAUUAAUGACCAAAGAAAGCAAGAGUUUCAUGAAAUGAUGCGGGCAUUAACCAUAAUGAAAUUAAUUGAUUUCAAUACUGCAAAGAUUAAACAAUUUUAUGCUGGCUUCCUGCUACAAACUGAUUCAUUGAGAUUUGAAAAUAAUUUUAACUCAUCAAGAGGAUUCAAUGAAAUUGUUCAGUUUCUCUUGCCACUCUACAAAGAUGAUGUAGAGGUGUACUGGAUUGCCAAAGGAUUUUUUUCUAACCUACAUUCAUUUGAUAAUGAUUUUCCCAAACUUAUUGAAAGUAUAAUUCACUACAUAGAAAAGGAAGAACCUAUUCUCUACAAACACCUGAAAUCUAUCGAUGCUCUUGACAAUAUACCAUUUGAUUACUAUUUUGACACAUUUUUUUCAAAUACACUGAACUAUCCAGCUCUCACAAAAAUUUGGGACAAACUAUGUGGUGGAUCAUGCAACAUUUUUGUGUUUGUGUUCGUUUCUCUUCUGAUACAUUUGAAACAUGUGAUUUUGAAAUGUAGAUGUUUGAAAGAUGUUUUGGAAAAUCUAAAUAAAGUGAAUGAGGAUAAUGCUGAAGUUAUUUUCAAUAAGGCCAUUGAUAUGUGGCAGCAAGGCAGUCAUUUUAACGUACAUGAUAAGCCAAAGACAUAAUUCAGGUACAAGGAGAAACUUAUCAUUAUAGCAAAAUAAAAAGAAGGAAUUAAGUAUAUCGGAAUUAGAUUUUAAUUUUUAUGCGAAAUAUUGUCUUUUGUUUAAUAUAUCUUAUUUUACGAAAAAAAAAAAAUGACAAUGCCUUAUUAUGAUUCCAUAUUUGUAAAUAAAAAAACCUUGAAAAUGUG